AAAAAAACCGUAAAGAAACGCUGCCGUUCUGGGACGCAAAGACAGCGAAGAAUCCGGUUUUCUGGUGCUCCGCCGCGUUAUGACAUAUAAAUAUCUUCUUCGGUCGUUUCCCCUUCCCCCACAGUUCUAGAGUCUUCACUGGUUAGGGUUUUGUCAUCGAUUCAAAGAAAAACGAGACCGAGAAGGGGAUGGCAGCAAUGACAACGACGGAGAAGAAGAUAACGUUGAAGAGCUUGGAUGGCGAGAUUUUCGAGGUGGACGAAGCGGUAGCCCUGAUGUCGCAGACCAUAAAGCACAUGAUUGAGGAUGGCUGCGCCGACAACGCGAUCCCCGUUCCCAACGUCAGUGCUAGAAUCCUUUCGAAGGUCCUAGAAUACUGCAAGAAGCACGUGGAGGCCGCCGCUGCUGCCGCUGCUGCAUCGACCGACAUGGCCACCGUCGAUAAGGCCAUCUCUACCCCUGAGAAGGAGGCCGAGCUUAAGGCCUGGGACGCUGAUUUCGUUAAGGUUGACCAGAGCACGCUCUUUGACCUCAUCCUGGCUGCAAACUAUCUGAACAUCAAGGGGCUGCUGGAUCUUACUUGCCAGACUGUGGCUGACAUGAUCAAGGGAAAGACUCCAGAGGAGAUUCGUAAGACUUUCAACAUCAAGAAUGACUUCACUCAAGAGGAGGAAGAGGAGGUGAGAAGGGAGAAUCAGUGGGCAUUUGAGUGACAUAGAACUGUCGCUGCAAUGCCUGCAAGUAAAUGUUGAUAUUGUGAUGGGGGUGCAGAGGAUGUUAGCUAUCUAGCUGAGAGAGUUGACUUUUAUUACUAUGUGAUUACUCUAGGUAUAAUAAGGUUUCAUGUUUAAAGAUUACAACAUUAAUGGGUGAUUCUCCGUGCUGGAGAGCAGACCCAAGUCAGAUUUUCAGUUUGAAGGUAGUAUGGAGAUUAUGAUUGGAUUUCAUAUAAAAUGAAAAAAAAAAAAAAAUCAAAUUGGCA